UUCAAGCCGAGUGAAACGGUUCCAAUGGAGUUUCAAAAUUUCCGUUAACUUGUUUCCAUUGGAGGGGGCGAUCAUGGUGGAUUUCCAUCGCGGGCAAAGGGAAAUCAGCAUCCCCCGUUGAUUUGACGCCAAUUAUAUUCUGAUUCGCGCAUUUAACUGAUUUUGAUUUUGAUAGACUCCAGUAAUUCUGUGAUUUCCUUUCGCCGAUAAAUGGAGAUGGGAUUUAAUAGCAUUGUCAGACUAUUCAUACCUUUCACUGUCAUUAUAAUUCCGCACUGGAAUUUGUCAUUUUUACAAAGAAUUGUCAAACUUUUAGAAGAUUUGAAGCAUUUCUCUUUCUGAUAACAGACUAGACUAAAUGCAGAUAUUACGCGGAAAGACUGCAAAUUGCAGCGGUGUUCCAAUACGUGUUGCGUGUUUUUUUGGUUAUGAUUUGUCCAGGCAACUAUAUAUGUUACCUACUAUAUUAAUGCUAAAUUGUUCUUCUUCUUGAAUUUUGGCUCUGCUAUCUUUCUAAUGGAGAAUUCAAGGUUGUGUUGCUUUGCUAUUCUUGUUUUGAUGAGCUUUUGUGUUCACCAGUUAAAUUGUGGGGAUGCAACAGCUGCAAAGGCUGAUGUAGGAGUGAUUCUUGAUCUCGAUACGACUCUCGGAAAGAUGUACAGGACUUGCAUAUCCAUGGCGAUCGAAGAUAGAAACGCCAACCACAACCACAACCACACCACUAUGAUUGUGCCUCAUUUCAGGGAUUCGAGGGGUGAUGUUGUUGCUGCAGCUUCUGCUGCUAUAGAUUUGCUGCACAAUACUCGAGUGAUGGCAAUACUUGGGCCACAAAAGUCCAUUCAGGCUGACUUUGUGAUAGAUAUCGGUGACAGAGAGAGAGUUCCGGUUAUAUCUCCAGCAACGAGCCCGGCGUUGCCCCUUAAGGAAACGCCAUACUUCAUUAGAUCAGCAUGGUGCUCUUCUUCUCAAGCCAAAGCAAUUGCAGCAAUUGUAAAAGCUUUUGGUUGGAAGGAAGUUGUGCUUGUCUAUGAAAAUUCCAUUUAUGGAAGUGGAUUGUUACCAUAUUUAACUGUAAAUCUACUACAAAGCAAUGUUGUUAUCUCAAAUCUGAGUUUUAUCCCUCCUUAUGCUAAAGAUGAUCAAGUUCUUCAAGAACUCUUUAACUUGAAGGAGAUGCAGACGAAGGUCUUGAUUGUGCAUAUGCCGCUAGACAUUGCGUCUCGCUUCUUCCAAAUGGCAAAAGAAGUUGGGAUGAUGACAGAGGGGUAUGCUUGGUUAAUUUCUGAUCCACUAACCAGUUUACUGAGUUCUGUGGAUUCGGUCACUACUGAAGCGAUGCAGGGUGUACUCGGUGUGAAGGCCUUGGUUCCAAGAUCCGAGGAGGUUAGAAGAUUCACUAAGAGAUGGAGUAAGAGGUUUCAUGAGGAGAAUCCAAAUAUUGACAGAGCAGAACUCAAUGUUUUUGGAUUGUGGGCAUAUGACAGCACCUCGGCUUUAGCAGAAGCAAUUGAACGAGUUGGAUUUCCAAGCCAACGAGUUAACCGAGGAAAUUCAGCACUUGCUUCUGUUCUUAGAAACUUCACCUACAAAGGGUUGAGUUGCGAUUUCAAUAUAACUAAUGGUCAGUUGCAGUCGUCUGCGUUUGAGAUAGUGAAUGUAAUCGGCAAAGGAGACAACACUGUUGGAUUUUGGACUGAGAAGUAUGGCAUUUCAAAGGAACUGAAGUUCAAUGGUGAUAAGCCAAUUUACUCAACAGAAAAGGAAAGUCUUCGAGGCAUCUUGUGGCCAGGACAAACAAGCAAUGUGCCUAAAGGUUGGGAGAUUCCAACAAGUGGGAAGAAGUUGAGAGUUGGAGUUCCUAUCAAAGGCUUAGGAUUCAACGAAUUUGUCAACGUUACAUGGAAUCAAGAAACUAACGCUGUCGAGGCAAGUGGUUUUUGCAUCGAUGUUUUUAAGGAAGUCAUCGGAACAAUGCCUUGUGAUGUUGAGUAUAUUCCUUUUCCAACCACAGAUGGCCAGAGUACUGAAUAUUACGACGAUCUUGUUUAUCAAAUAUAUCUUGAUAAAUAUGACAUUGUUGUUGGAGAUGUGACCAUUUUAGCUAACAGAUCAAAGUAUGUCGAUUUCGCCUCCCCUUACAUAGAAUCUGGGGUUGCCACUGUGGUCCCGAUCAAGGAUGUCGAGAGGAAGAAUGCUUGGAUAUUCAUGGAACCUCUAACAAGAGGCCUAUGGCUAACCAUUGGGGCAUUUUUCAUCUUCAUUGGAUGUGUCGUGUGGGUUCUUGAGCAUCGUGUAAACAAACAUUUCCAAGGUCCACCUAGAAAGCAAAUUGGGAUGAUCUUCUGGUUCUCUUUCUCCACACUUGUUUAUGCACAUAUGGAGAAAGUGAAGAGCAACUUAUCAAGGUUUGUGGUGUUUGUAUGGGUGUUUGUGGUGCUGGUUAUGACGAUGAGUUACACUGCAAACUUGGCAUCCAUGCUAACAAUCCAACAGUUGAAGUCCACAUACAUGAUAAAGAAGGGCGAAUACGUUGGCUUCCAAACUGGCUCCUUAGUCGCUAUAUUCUCCAACAGUAUAAUAUUUGGCGAUUACAACAUCAGAUCAUACAGCUCGUUCGAGGAAUAUGACGAGGCCCUCUCCAAAGGUACCAGAAACGGAGGAGUAGCUGCCAUCGUCGAUGAAAUUCCUUACCUUAGGCUCUUCCUUAGCAAGUAUCACCACAAGUAUACCAUGAUUGAUCAGAAAUACAUAAGGACUUCUGGUUUCGGAUUUGCAUUCAGAAAGGGUUCGCCACUAGUGUCCGAUUUUUCAACAGCAAUAUUGAAGCUUAAAGAAGAUGGGAAGAUCGAUAUGAUUGCAAGACGAUGGCUUGGACCAGAAGGCCACCACUAUGGUGAUGGCUUAGAAAGCCUUGAUUUGGAUCAUUUUAGAGGUCUUUUUCUCAUUGUAGGGGUGUCAACAUCAACAGCUCUAGCUAUAUUCUUCUCCACAUUCCUGUAUCAGAAUCAGCAAAUACUAGCCUCCUCGGGUUCGAUCAAGGAAAAGCUUCAUGAUCUUGGUAGAGCCUUUUUUGCUAUGGAAAAAGAUGAUGCAUCAAAGCAUUCAGAAACUGGUGGAGAAAUAGUUUUAGCACAAAGUCCAUCAAUCAAGACUUCAUGUGAUGAAAAAGGGAUGCAUUCUCAAGAUGAAAGGCUCUCAACAAUACAGACAGAAACGCACGAGGAGGAAUUCAACACAAUUGAUGCAGAUGUAGAGGCUCCUAUCCAUUAUGCAGAGAGAGUGUGAGGUUAUUACAUUUGUUAUAAACAUUACACGCACCACUUUAAAUUAAAAACAUUAUUCUUAGAGCAUUCACAA